AUGGCUUCCUCAAGCGUACCCGCGAAUCCCACGCCGCAGACAGUCAUCCAGCUCGUGCAGAAGCUGGGCGAUGCGGACCCGGACUUCCGGUUCAUGUCGCUCAAUGAUCUCCUUCAGGUUCUUGCUAACGGCAAGCCCGACUUCCUGCAUCACGACUAUAAUGUUGCCGCGCGGACGGUUGAUAGUAUCAUCAAGACGCUAGACGACCAGAAUGGAGAGGUGCAGAAUCUGGCUAUCAAAUGCCUCGGACCCCUCGUCACGAAAGUCCCGACGCCCAUCAUCGCCCCGAUGAUCGAGAAGCUCUCAGCUAUCAAGCUCAAAAACUCUGUUGAUAACGCUGUUCCGUCACUCGCGCUGCGUGCCGUCAUCAUCGCCCUGCCGAAGCCCACGCCGGGCCUGCCGCCCAGCAAGGAGGUCCAGGAGGCCUACAACGCUGUCAGUCGGGUCCUGAUCCCGCGACUUCUGGGACCCGGUGGCAAGGCCCCCGCGCAGGCCCAGUCGAACAACAUCCAGCUGCCGCCUGUCCCUCAGGGUCUUCUGAAGGUUGACAAGGACCUGAGCGCUGAGUCGGUUGACAUUUUGAUCGAGGUUGUCCGGUGCUUCGGUGUUAUGCUCUCGCCCCUCGAGGUUGAGGCGAUGCAAGAUGCCGUUAUCAGCCUGUUGGAGAACGACAAGACGUCUUCGGUUGUAAAGAAGAGGGCCGUCGUCGCGAUAUCCAUUCUCGCUAUUCACUUGUCAGACGAUUUACUGAGCCAGAUGGUUCAGCGUAUGGCCAACGACCUCGGUAAGGCCGAUAUAUCGCCAGUCACGCGCCGUCUCUACAUUUCCAUUACGGGGUCAUUGGCAAGGUCAAUUCCUACACGUUUCGGUACUUAUCUGAGCACGCUGGUGCCCUUCAUCCUGCAGGCUCUCAGCGAAAGUGAGCUGGAGAAGCACCUGGAGGAGAUCAGCGACGGAGACGACGUCGGUUUGGAGUUUAACGAUGUGCGCGAGUCUGCUCUCGUGGCUCUCGAGGCGUUCCUGGCAGCUUGCCCUACGGAAAUGCGCCCAUUCACCGAUGACACUAUCAAGGCUUGUCUCAGAUAUCUGAAGUACGACCCCAAUUACGCCAUGGGUGACGACGAUGAGGACAUGGAAGUUGAUGAGGAUGAAGAGGAUGAAGACGCCGACGAUGAGUUCGACGAUGAUGCUGGGUUCGAUGACGAUGACGACGCAAGCUGGAAGGUCCGCCGAUGUGCCGCGAAGGCUCUUUACACUCUCAUCUCAACCCGCGGAAGCGGUGAUCUGCUAGAGAACGGCGUGCUUUACAGUCAGGCUGGCCCCACCCUUGUCAAGAGAUUUGACGAGAGGGAGGAGAACGUUCGUUUGGAAAUUAUAUCCUGCCUGUCUCUCCUUAUUCGCAAGACGGGCGAGGGUCUCUAUCCCGCCGACCUCUCACUCGACGACCAAGAGCCCGAGGCCCCGAGCUUGAUCCCCAUCAGCCGCAAGCGUAGGCGUCAGAGCAGUGGUGGCGGUUCAUUGGCCGCCCAUGUUGCGACUGGUCUUACUUCUCCCACUCUUGAGAGAAUCCCCUCCACAGGGCCCCGCGCAGACUUGGCUCGUUUCACGCCCACUAUCGUCAAGGCAUCCACGAAGCUGCUCAAGGGCAAGGUCAUCCCUACGAAGCAGGCCAUAAUCAACCUCUUGGACGAUAUCAUUACGGUUCAGCGGGGUGGUCUGUCCGACUACUUCAACGACGCUAUUGGUCCUAUCAUCGAGUCCAUCAAGCCCACCGGAGCUUCUGCGCUUUCCUCGUCACUGGCUGCUUCUGGUGGUAAUGCAUCCGCCACACCUAGCACCUUACGUGUUGCUGCCCUGAAGCUCACCAGCGACAUUGCCAAGACUCACUCUUCAAGUCUCCUUCAGCCAUACCUGACCAAGAUUGUGGCCGGCGUAGUUGCCGCGGCUAACGACCGAUUCUACAAGAUCUCCAGCGAAGCUAUUGGUACGAUUGAGGAGUUGGUGAAGGCUAUCACACCCCCUCGCUCUAAGAUGACGGCACAGAAGUUCAAGGGCGAGCUGCAGAAGCUCUUCGAUACUAUUAUAGAUCGGAUUACCGCAACUGACGCUGACGCUGAGGUCAAGCAGCGCGGUAUACAUGCUUUGGGUGUCCUUUUGUCCCGGACGUCUGGUGCAGAUGGUGCUGGCUUGAUUGCCGCAGACAAACGCCAAGCUGCACUUGGGGCACUCCUCGACAGACUCAAGAACGAGACCACCAGACUUGCCGCCGUUAGAGCCGUGGACAACGUUGCUGCUUUCAGCACUAGCAGUGGCCAACUGGAGACAGCAUGGAUCCGGGAGGUUGCCCUGGAGCUAGCAGGCCAGCUACGGAAGGCGAACCGGUCUCUUCGUGGCUCAAGCAUCCAGGCUUUGAAACAUUUGGUCGUGUCGCCUACUUCCAAGGGUCAGCUCGACGCGGACACUAUCCAGGGCCUCGUCUCAGCAUUGGUGCCUGUCAUUAGCAAUCAUGAUACCCACCUCCUGGCCCCGGCACUACUUGUUCUCGCAACUUUGGUGGAAGAGAACGCGAACCUCGUGGUUAACGAUUCAAUCACUGCCACAAUCUGCAGUCUUCUGAAGUCUAGUUAUGCCAGCAUCGUCCUGGACCAGAUCUUGAUUCUAGUUACAAAGGUUGGCGAGAGCGGUUCUGGACAGUCUUUGAUGCAGGGAAUACUUAAGGAAGUCAGUAUUGAAGGCGACCCCGUUGUAGUUGGCAAAGUCAUUGGCGCGCUUCUCGUCGCCAGUGGAAAUUCUGCUGGCGUGACGAUUGAGAGCUUUAUCUCUGAGCUGCAGAACAGCACGCAGAAGAGAGAUGAUGCCAGAAUCAGUUUGGCUCUGGCAGUGCUCGGUGAGGCCGGUCUCCGGCUUGGACCCAACUCGCCUCUUCAACCUGACCUGUUCCUGAAGCAGUUCCACGAAGAACCUGACAAGGUUUCGAUUUCGGCUGCGGUGGCUCUGGGUCGCGCGGGCUCGGGCAAUGUGUCCCAGUAUCUCCCAGUGAUUCUAGAUACCAUGCAGAAGGGUGGCAACACGCAAUACUUGCUCAUUCAGUCGAUCAAGGAGAUCUUGCAGCAGGUCACCGUUCUGUCUGCAGAGGUUUCCAAGUUUGCCGCACCGAUUUGGCAACAUCUCCUCUCGGCCUCCACCAUUCCCGAUAACCGUGUGGUCUGCGCAGAGUGUGUCGGUCGACUGACCAUCAUCGAUUCUCAGACUUUCAUGCCCCAACUGCAGUCCCUUCUGAGAGAUCAAAACCCGGACAUCCGCGGAAUGGCUGUGCAGGCUGUUCGAUAUACCCUGCCUGACAGCGACGAGGCUUUUGAUGCCAUGCUCAAGAACGUUCUUGUUGACAUGCUUCUCGUCAUGCUUCAGGACACGGAGAUGGACAAUCGUCGCCUGGCUAUGUCGACAUUGAACUCGGCGGCUCACAACAAGCCCGAUCUAAUUCUCCCUCACCUUGGUGAACUGAUGCCGUUCGUAUUGGCUGAGUCAGUGAUCAAGCCACAGUUGAUUCGCGAAGUCAUGAUGGGCCCCUUCAAACAUAUGGUGGAUGAUGGCCUUGAAGUCCGCAAGAGCGCAUACGAAACUCUUUACGCUCUCAUGGAGACCGCUUUCUCAAGAAUCAACAACAUCGACUUCUACGAUCGCGUUGUCGCAGGUCUCAAAGAUGACAACGACAUCCGCAGUCUCUGCAACCUCAUGGUAUCCAAGCUCAUCGUACUCGAUCCCGACGAGACAGCUCGACGACUAGAUACUAUUGCGGAGGCUUACCGCGCCAUUCUGUCGACCAAGUUGAAGGACGGUGCUGUGAAGCAAGAUGUAGAGAAGCAGGAAGAGGCCAAUAAGAGCGUCCUGCGUGUGACGCUCCUUCUUGGAGACAGACUCAAGAGCAACAAGACGGGCUCCGGCAAGGCGGUCGCCAACGCCGGCGCCGGCGGUGCGAGCCAGGUCUGGAGCGCGUACUGGGAGUGGGUGAACAAGGAAUUCCAAGCAUCGCUUAGAAGCCUGCGUGAGGAAAGCAAGGAAAACCGGGCCUUGUAA